AUGCCAUUCUUGGUUGACGAUGGUGGAGGAAGGAGGAGAAAGUCUGAAAGAAGUCGAUUGCAAGAAGCCGGUUUGGACCAAAUUAGUGUAAUUGAUGAUGUUGAUGGAGAAAUUCUUUUCUAUUUGAAAAAUAAUGCUAUUGUGAUCAUUAAUAAUCCAACGUAUCCGAACUCUCAAUCAUCAAAUUCUUUAGAUUGCUUGUUUAAUGAUAACGGGGCAAGCAAUCCUCCAAAGUAUUCAAUAGUUACCGAAGUAAAAGAUGAGCCGGAUGUAUUUUAUGAUGACAAGGGUCUCCUUAUCGAAGAUGAAUUUCCCGCAAGGAAAGUUGAAUUUGCAAUGGAUAAGCUUGCCGAAUUUGUUGAUGCUCGGCUUUUCUCGACAUUGAGGAGGAGGGAAGGCUACAUACACAAUCUACCUACCGAAAAUAGGUUUCACAUUCUUCCAAAGCCACCGAUUACCUUGGAAGAUCUAACGCCAAGUAUAAAGAAAUGGUGGUCAUCAUGGGAUGCAAGGAAGAAGUUAGUUUACGGAACAAGGAAGAAGUUAAUCCGCCAACUCGGCUUUGAUCCCGGAGGUUGUGACAACCUCGAGGACAAGGUUUCUUAG